AGAGGUGAGUUUCGUCGGUGCAUGAUGUUCGCUUUCGCUUUUUUUUGUUCGUUCCUUGGAAGCAAGCGGAAAUUGGAUAAUUGUUAGUUUUGACAACGAAAAAUAGCCCAGAUAUAGCAUUGUGAGGCAAAACACACAGUGAAAUGGAUGAUGGGAAGCCGGUGUGGGCGCCUCACCCUGCGGAUGGGUUCCAGCUGGGAAGAAUCAUCGACAUCAGUUCUGAUAGUCUGACCAUCGAACCUCUCAACCAGAGAGGGAAGAAUUUUCAAGCUCCUGUCAAUCAAGUCUUCCCUGCUGAAGAUGAUGUCAACAAACAUGUGGAGGACAACUGCUCACUGAUGUACUUGAAUGAAGCCACGCUACUAAAUAAUGUCCGUGUGCGCUAUAGUAAAGAUAAGAUUUAUACGUUUGUUGCAAACAUCCUGAUUGCUGUGAAUCCAUAUUUUGAGAUUCCCAAGCUGUAUUCUCCAGAGACCAUUAAACAGUACCAGGGCCGAUCGCUGGGCACGCUGCCUCCUCACGUCUAUGCAAUUGCGGAUAAAGCUUAUCGUGACAUGAAGGUGUUGAAGAUGAGUCAGUCCAUCAUUGUGUCGGGAGAGUCAGGAGCCGGAAAAACUGAAAACACCAAGUUUGUUCUCAGGUACUUAACUACAUCUUAUGGUACAGGUCAAGACAUUGAUGAAAGAAUAGUUGAAGCCAACCCUCUGCUCGAGGCGUUUGGAAAUGCCAAAACUGUCCGAAACAACAACAGCAGUCGCUUUGGGAAGUUUGUGGAGAUUCACUUUAAUGAAAAGAAUGCAGUAGUAGGUGGUUUCGUGUCCCAUUACCUGCUGGAGAAGUCCCGUAUCUGCACGCAGGGCCAGGAGGAGAGGAACUAUCACAUCUUCUACAGGCUGUGUGCUGGAGCUCCUGAAGACAUCAAGGAGAAGUUCCACCUCAGCUCUCCAGACUGCUUCAGGUAUCUAAGUCGAGGAUGCACAAGGUACUUUUCUACCAAGGAUUCAGACAAGCUGGUACCUCAAAACCGCAAGAGUCCAGAGCAUCUGAAGGCAGGUCCUCUGAAAGACCCUCUGCUGGAUGAUCAUGCAGACUUUAACAGAAUGUGUGUGGCAAUGAAGAAGAUCGGUCUGGAUGACACGGAGAAGCUCAACAUGUUCAGGGUGGUGGCUGGGGUUCUGCACCUCGGAAACAUUGAUUUCGAGGAGGCUGGAAGCACCUCAGGAGGCUGUGUCUUGAAGAAGACGUGUGCCCAGCCGUUAGUGUUCUGUGCGGAGCUGUUGGGUCUGGAUGAGGAGGAUCUGAGGGUCAGUCUGACCACCAGAGUCAUGCACACCACCGCAGGGGGCGCUAAAGGCACCGCCAUCAAGGUUCCUCUGAAGGUGGAGCAGGCCAGCAGCGCUCGUGAUGCUCUGGCUAAAGCCAUCUACAGCCAUCUCUUCGAUCACGUGGUCACCAGGAUCAACCAGUGCUUCCCCUUCGACUCGUCUGCUCACUUCAUCGGUGUGCUGGACAUCGCUGGCUUUGAGUAUUUUGAGCACAACAGUUUUGAGCAGUUCUGCAUUAACUACUGUAAUGAGAAACUCCAGCAGUUCUUCAAUGAGCGCAUUCUCAAAGAGGAGCAGGAAUUGUAUCAAAAAGAAGGUCUGGGGGUCAAUGAGGUCCAUUACGUUGAUAAUCAGGACUGUAUAGACUUGGUGGAGGCGAAGUUAGUUGGCAUCUUGGAUAUCUUGGAUGAAGAGAACCGGUUACCUCAACCCAGCGACCAGCACUUCACUGACACCGUCCACAGCAAACACAAGGACCAUUUCCGCCUGACUGUUCCCAGGAAGUCCAAGCUGACAGUGCACAGGAACGUCAGAGACGAUGAGGGCUUCAUCAUUAGACACUUUGCUGGAGCAGUCUGCUAUGAAACGACUCGGUUUGUGGAGAAGAAUAACGAUGCUCUUCACACGUCCUUGGCGAGUCUGGUGAGCGAGUCGAAGGAUAAAUUCAUCGGAGAGCUCUUCGAGAACUCCAACCACUCCAAAGACACCAAGCAGAAGGCCGGCAAACUGAGCUUCAUCAGCGUAGGCAACAAAUUCAAGACGCAGCUGAAUAUUCUUCUGGAAAAGCUUCACAGUACUGGUUCAAGUUUUGUCCGCUGUGUGAAGCCCAAUCUGAAGAUGGUCAGCCAUCAGUUUGAGGGCGCUCAGAUUCUGUCUCAACUACAGUGCUCAGGGAUGGUGUCAGUGCUGGAUCUGAUGCAGGGCGGCUUCCCCUCUCGAGCGCCGUUCCACGAGCUCUACAACAUGUACAAGCAGUACAUGCCCGCCAAACUGACACGGCUUGACCCCAGACUCUUCUGCAAGGCUUUGUUCAAAGCUCUCGGCCUGAAUGAAAAUGAUUAUAAAUUUGGUUUGACAAAAGUUUUCUUCAGACCUGGAAAGUUUGCGGAGUUUGAUCAGAUCAUGAAGUCGGAUCCAGAUCAUCUGGCUGAACUGGUGAAGCGUGUCAAUAAAUGGCUGAUCUGCAGCCGCUGGAAGAAGGUGCAGUGGUGCGCCCUGUCCGUCAUUAAACUGAAAAACAAGAUGCUGUACCGAGCCAAAGCCUGUAUCCAGAUGCAGAAGACCGUUCGCAUGUGGCUGUGCAAGAGGAAACACAAACCCCGGAUCGAUGGGCUGGUGAAGGCACAUAACCUGAAGAAGAGGAUGGAGAAGCUGAAUGAGGUGGUGUCUGGACUAAAGGAGGGAAAACAGGAGAUGAGCAAACACAUGCAGGAACUCGAUUCCUCCAUCAACGCACACAUACUCAAGAUAAAGAGCACUGUGAUGAGCCGCAUGGACAUCGACCACGAGCACCAGGCCCUGGUCACUCGCUCGCAGCAGCUGCUCAGCUCCAUGCAGAAGAAGAAGCAGGAGGAGGAGGAGAUGGAGCGACUGAGACGAAUCCAAGAGGAGAUGGAGAGAGAGAGGAAGAGGCGCGAGGAAGACGAGCAGAAGCGCAGACAAGAGGAAGAGGAUAGACGCCUGAAAGCCGAGAUGGAGGUGAAGAGGAAACAGGAAGAGGAAGAGCGCAAGAAAAGAGAGGAGGAGGAGAGGAGACUGCAGGAGGAGAUGGAGCUGCAGCUGCAGGCGGAGCGCGAGCAGGAUUCGGCCCGACAGGCCGUGCUGGAGCAGGAGCGGCGAGACCGAGAGCUGGCCCUGAGGAUCGCUCAGAGCGAGGCCGAGCUCAUCCCAGAGGAGACGCCCGUGGAAGCUGGACUGCGCAGUGCUGCACCACCACCACAAAAACUCAAGAGCUUGACCAUGGAGGAAAUGGCCAAGGAAAUGUCUGAUCUUCUGGCUCGAGCUCCGCAGGUGACUGCCACAAAUGCUCAAGCUGAUGUGAAGAAAUAUGAACUCAGCAAGUGGAAAUAUGCUGAAUUACGGGACACCAUCAAUACAUCCUGUGAUAUCGAGUUGUUAGCUGCGUGUCGUGAGGAGUUUCACCGCAGACUGAAGGUCUAUCACGCAUGGAAGUCAAAGAACAAGAAACGCAACACUCAGGAUGAGCAGAGAGCACCGAAAGCCGUCACAGACUAUGCCCAGCAGAACCUGGUUGUGCCCCGGCAGCAAGAGAUCGUCAUGAACAGACAGCAGCGCUUCUUUCGCAUUCCCUUCAUCCGACCAGGAGAGCAAUAUAACAACAAGAAAGGAUGGUGGUACGCACACUUUGAUGGGCCUUGGAUUGCCAGACAGAUGGAGCUGCACCCGGAGAAACACCCCAUUCUGCUGGUGGCAGGUAAGGAUGAUAUGGAGAUGUGUGAGCUGAGUCUGGAGGAGACCGGUUUGACUCGGAAGCGUGGUGCUGAGAUUCUGCCGCGCCAGUUUGAGGAGAUCUGGGAACGCUGUGGAGGAAUUCAGUACCUUAAAAAUGCCAUAGAGAGCAGGCAGGCCCGACCCACAUACGCCACUGCCAUGCUGCAGAGCAUGCUCAAAUAAACACACGCACACAUAUAACAGCUCUAGGUCCAUAAGGGAAUCUACCAACUCCUACGUAACCAGAACUGACUUUCAAUUACCGUAUUUUUUGGACUAUAAGUCGCACCUGAGUAUAAGUCGCAUCAGUCCAAAAAUACGUCAUGAGGAGGAAAAAAAACAUACAUCGCAUUUAUUUAGAACCAAGAACUAAGAGAAAACUUUACCGUCUACAGCCGCGAGAGGGCGCUCUAUGUUUUUUAGUGUAGUCUACAGGAGCACGAGCAGCAUAGAGUGUAAUGUUUAAUGUUUUCUCUUGGUUCAUUUCUCUUAGUUCAUUUCACUUGGUUCAUGUCAUAUUAAUUUUGAUAAAUAAGUCGCACCUGACUAUAAGUCGCAGGACCAGCCAAACUAUGAAAAAAGUGUGACUUAUAGUCCGGAAAAUACGGUAGUUCUUCUAAGGUUCUUUUCAGUUUUUAGUCUUUUUACAUUAUUUUUGUUUUGUUUAUUUUAAGUGCUUCUUUUUAGUAGCGGUCUCAUUUGUUCUGGAUUUAUUUGAAUAUCUGGUGUGUCGAAUCAUCUCAUUGAUCUUUAAUUGCUGUACUUGACAGUGUAAUUGCCUCUAAACUGCCUCUUACUAUAAUUUACUUUAAAGUAAUAUUUUUGCUGUGAUUUGUGAUGAACAUCAGUAAUCCAUAAAUACUUCACUGGCAAUGUUCCUUGAGAGAAAUUCAACAGUCUUUUCCUAACGUUUAAAUCAGUCUUGCAUUGAAUAAAGACCUCUUUGACUUGCAGAUGUAAAUACUGAUAUUGUUCAGCACUUUACAAUAUUCUGAGUUUUGUUAUUCACUGUGAGUUUAACUGCUUGCAUAAAGUAUUUACAAAAGCUACAAUACAGUAAAUACAAUAACUCUGGUAAUGACAACUAAAUUAUGACUUUGAAUGAAAUAUGUUUAAUAAAAAAAUAAUGAUUUUAAUAAUAA